UACAGUUUAUGCAAAAUCAUGAGUUUGUCAUGAAUUUGCUGUACUGUACUGUGGUUACGUAUGUUCCUGAGCAACACUGACAAGGUACAGGAGCUUCAAACAUAUUGUAUUGAAGGAAACACUAGCAAAACACAAGUCUUAACUGCAUUCAGUGUUUUUGCUCAGUGAAGACCUUCGUUUAUAUUUCAUGUGAAGGUGUGUGAGAACAUAUUGAAGAAAGUUUGAUACUUUUGUUAUUCUGAUAUACCUUCACCAGAAAUUAUGUUGGAUUAAAGAGUUACAGUGUAUUGCUAUGCAGUGCUGUAUCAAUAUCUUCUUAAAGAUAUAAUGUUCCUGCAAAAGUUAGGCUGAGUGUGUUGCCAUAUUAUUUUUGUGUGUUUAUCAUGUCAUGUGGAUCUGAAUAAAUUAUAAGCACAAAAAUAAAUAUAAAAAAAGGAUGUCACAUUAGCAUAUGGGCUACCUGGCCAUUUACUCUUUAGCGUGCAGUCUACCUCAGCAACCUAACCUAAACCACAACAUCGGCUGAGGUCUCGGUAGAUAGGUCAGGUCAUUGCACAGCAUAGACUAUGAAUAUUGUAGUAGACCACAUGCUAAAGUAACACCAAAAAAAUUCUAAAAUGCAGUACUCCAUCCAGUGUGUACUGUAUAACUAAAAUGAUUUCAUCACUCGACAUAUUUUUAUUAUGACAGAAUGUUUUGUGUAUUCUUCAUAAAUACAUAUGUGCCUUUUUUAACCUUACAUAUACUGUAUAUACAAUUUUAGUAAAUAAUUGUAGAAAAAUUGUUGCACAUUCUGUACUCCAAUUGGCGAUUGUUCUAAUGUUACCAAAAUCUAUAUAGAGCAGCAAUAUAGCUGUUUUUUCACCUAUUCUACAAACAUUUUCACCUGAGCAGAAUUAUAUUAGUACAACAUUAAUGUACUGAAUGUACUAUUGUAGGAUGUGCAUUAUUCCUGUUAAGUUUAAAUUUACAUCUCCCUUCACAUGUACAGUAUGGUUAAUGUCAAUUUAUCAUAAAGUUGUCACGGGAAAAUAAAUACAUUGAUCAUAUAGUGUAGAAAUUAUAUACACUGUAGUGUACUUUCUUAUAUUAUAAGUAAAAUAUUUAAAUAGGUAAAUAGUUCUGUGUAACUACAUUAUAGCAUAUACUGUAUUAGUAAAACUGUAUAAUGAACAUAUUUGUAAAUUAAAAAAAAAAAUUUGUUUUUUGAGUCGGGGUUACCUGUAGUUUGUUAUUACUUUUGCAAUAUUAUGCAUACAGAAAAUAUGCUGAAACAAAAUGGAGUGUGUCAAUUACAAAAUCCCUGAAGCCAUACUGCCAGAAUAUGCCAAUAUUACUUUGGCAAGUUCUUCAUUCUACAAACUUGUCAACAUUUUGGACCAGUUGGAGGGAGAAGAAUCGAUGAAGAAACAUACUAUAAUUGCCACAUCUUUGGGUCACCUGAUUGAACUUCAAGAAGAAAAGGUUUUGCGCUCCGUGAAACUAACUACAAAAGAUGUUGCAAAGAUUGUGGUUCAUCAUGAGUUUCGUCCACUACAACUCUAUAUUGUCCUAUUGUACAGCACGCACCGGGCAGUCAUCUUGUCAUACAAUGAUUUCAAGAUACUUCAUGAAUGGGACAACAUCUCUGAUAUUAGUUCUGAAGAUGCCCAGGCCACUGGUUUUGCUCACUUAAAGCUGUCUAGACUUACAGGAGAGGUUGAGACAGUGUCUAGCAGCAGACUGAUGACACUGUCUGGCCCUGAUGACACCCUGCAGGAGGAAGGCCAAAAGGGGAAAAGUGAUGCGGUGGAAGCAUUAGCACGGAGGUUAAAGGGUGGCAUCAAGUAUGUAGGCAAGCUGAAUUCACAGAGAAGAAUGAAAGAAAAUUUCAUUGCUCAAAAAUUAGUAACCUUACAAUCACAACUUCAGGGACUUCAUGAUUCAGAUGAAAAUAACUUGAUGGCAGUAUUAACUAUAGAAGGUAAUGGUGAUGAAGAAAGCAGAGAAAAGCAAAUCACAACACCCAAACUUCAGGAAUCUUGCCUGAAGAUCCUUAAUGUGAGACACAAGAUUGUUCAUGGCAGAUGGGUCAUCGGUCUGAAUGUUUUAAAUGAUGCUGAGAGAGUAUUAGUAUGCAGUCCUCAGCUGAUAAUACAAGUAACUACUGGAGCAAGUGUUUUAUCUCACACCUCUCACAUCUUGAAGAUAGUGCAACGCAGAAAUUCUAAAGCUGCUGAGGAAAGGGAUGGACCAGUGUUAAAUACUAAAGUUUCAAUUGAGAAACUGGAACCACCAGUCCUCAGACCCAAAAAGAGGGCUUGCGUACUAGCUGUGUGUGACAUCCCAAUAUUUAGUGACGGGUCAACUGUAAGCUGUUCAGGAAUUUUAUCAUACAAGUGUAGAUCACUCAAGACAGAAGCAACUCAGGUGUUGGUACCGGAAAGAGAAGGUCUACUGCAACAAUGCCAGAUGUCUUUUGAACCAAUAGAAAUUUUAGCCCAGGAACUAAAUAACUAUUCCAUUACAAUAGAGGAGAAUCCUGUUAAAGGAGGUGUGUCCUUUAGCAGUGUGGCAUUAAUUGCUGGGAGCAUCUGUAACAGCGUCACUUUCACCAGCCUUGUGUCCCCACUCACUGAGUUUAUAUCCAGGGUUUCCAAAAACUACAAUCUAGUUAAGUGCCAUCCACUUAGUCAUGCAGCCUUCACCUAUCUCCCAGUGGAUACACACAAAGUGGACCUUAAAAUCUAUUCCAAAGACGAAAAGCAAGCAUUAUUGGUGGUACACUCUAUCUUAGCAGUACUUCCUAAUGAUGCUAACAUUCAACCAUCGACCAUAAAUUUACAGGAUUUUGACACCAACAAUGAAAAGAUACGGCAUCAGCUGCUGGCCAAGAUGAAAGAGGCCACCAGUUAUGUUGUGGAUGGCUACAAAGCUCAGAUGAACCUACACAAAAUGCACAAAGGUGCUGCUGAUGAUAUCAAAAUAAUAGAUCAGUCAAGAGUAUCACAGGUGAAUAACCAAACAAAAGUCGGAUCUAAAAAUGUAAGAGGUGGACCACAGGAAGCCAUUCAGAUUAAUAAUGAAAAAUAUAUGAAUGAGAGGGAAGAUAUUUUAGCUAGGAAGGGAGAUGUAACAUUUGAUGCACAAGUAUAUUGUCUAUGGAGAAAGAAAUUACAUGAAAUUCAAUGUGAAAUGGAUAAUUUAUAUGUAAAAUAUCUUGAAUAAAGAUACAAUUUUUUAAGGUGAAAGUAAUUAUUUUUAAUGCA